AUGCCUCUCUCUCCAAAGCGUCAACGUUACAACCUUGAACAUGACGUUCAGGCCCAAAUUGAUGCACAGCUUUCGUCAGCUGAGGAGGAGGAGUCCUCAUCUUCCUCUUCCCCCUUAAUGUUCUCCUUUCUGUCUUCCUUAUCCUUUUCUUCCUUGCCUGUUCCACCUUCCCCCCCCUUAUCUUCUUCAUUCACGUAUUCCGAGUCCUCCUCUCCCUCCAUUUCUUCCUCUGUCUCCUCUUCAUCUUGCUCCUUCCACUUCUCCUACCCCUCGACCUCCUCCGCCUCCUCUCCUUUGACCGUGGACACCCAGGAUGAGGUAGAGGUGCCUGUGGCUGGAACAGCCAGUCCUCCUCAGAGUCCUCAGAGAUCCUUCAGUGUCCCCUCAUUGAACACUUUAGGUGAGGACUUGAGCACCUCAGAAUGGGAAGCAGGUCCGAGCACCUUGCAGGCCUCAACAAGCACUGGGUACUUGGCCAGAAAGCCACUAGACGAGAAAGUGACCGAUUUGGUGCAGUUCCUGCUGUACAAAUAUCAAAUGAGACAGUCCCUCACAAAAGCAGAAAUGCUUAACGUGAUAACAGAUAACAAGAGUCAGUUCCCUGUGAUCUUCCAGAGGGCUUCUAACUGUAUAAAGAUAGUGUUUGGCAUUGACAUGAGAGAGGUGGAUCCUACCAUCCACUCCUAUGCCUUUUUUAACUCGCUGGAUCUUACCUAUGAUGCUAUGCCGAGUGAUGCCCAGAGAGUGCCCAAAAAUGGCCUCUUGAUACUUGUCCUGGGUUUCAUCAUCCUGAAGGGCAACUGUGUCACUGAGGAGGAGAUGUGGUCAUUCCUUAAUUUGCUGAACCUUUAUGAUGGGAGGGAGCACUUCAUCUAUGGGGAGCCCAGGCAACUCCUCACCAGAGAGUGGGUGCAGGAAAUGUACCUGGAGUAUCGGCAGGUGCCCUAUAGUGAUCCUGCCUGCUAUGAAUUCCUAUGGGGCCCAAGAGCCCAUGCAGAAACCAGCAAGAAAGAGGUUCUAGAAUUUUUGACCAUGGUCGAAGGGAAUGAGUCCAGUCCUGUCUCAUCCGAGUAUGAGGAGUCAUUGAGAGAUGAGGAAGAGAAAGCUCAAGUUAGAAUUGCCCCUGCAGAUAGUACCACUGCUAUGUGUCAGUAG